AUAGCCAAUUUGCUCGCCGAAUGGCUCGCUUUGCAUCUGCUACUGCAAACCGAAAGAGAGGAAGAAGAAGAGGGAGAUCUAGAAGGAAGAAGAGAUCAUGGCUGUGCCGCAGACGAUCGCUUCUCUUUCGAGGAGGGCGAAUUUGUUGAAAGAAUCACUGGAGAAGAGUCAGAGCAACACCGAAAGCAUGGUCGCCAUCCUCGGCUCCUUCGACCAUCGACUCUCCGCGCUUGAGGCUGCCAUGCGCCCCACCCAGGUAAGGACGCACGCCAUUAGAAUGGCGCACGAGAACAUUGACAAGGCUUUGAAGACGACGGAGCUUAUUUUGACACAGUUUGACGUUUCAAGCCAGGCUGAGGCUACAAUACUAAGAGGACCACAUGAGGAUCUUGAAAGUUAUCUUGUAGCAGUUGAUUCCUUGAAACGAACUGUACACUUUUUUAGCUCAAAUAAAAGCCUCAAGAAUUGUGAUAGGGUACUGAACCAUUCAAACAGUUUGCUAGCAAAGGCCAUCCUGAAGCUGGAAGAAGAAUUCAAGCAACUCUUAGCCACUUACAGCAAACCAAUUGAGCCUGACCGCUUAUUUGACUGCCUUCCUAAAUCUUUGCAACCACAAUCAGAUCAACCUGGAAAUCAAACUGAUGGCAGAAAGCCUGAGCAUAGAAGCUUGGAGGCUGCUGUGUACAAAACACCAACUCUAAUUCCUCCAAGGGUUCUUCCUUUGCUUCAUGACUUGGCAAAUCAAUUGGUCCAAGCUGGACAUCAGCAACAGUGUGCAAAGAUUUACAGGGAUUCUCGUGGUUCAACUUUAGAAUCAAGUCUCCGAAAACUGGGAGUUGAAAAGCUAAAUAAAGAUGAUGUACAGAGAAUGCAGUGGGAAGCCUUGGAAAGCAAGAUUCAGAAUUGGAUUCACUUUAUGCGAAUUGCAGUGAAACUACUAUUUGCUGGUGAACGGAAAAUUUGUGAUCAAAUCUUUGAAGACACUAGUCUUAAUAAAGAUCAAUGUUUUGCUGAAGUAACAUCAAAUAGUGUGGCAGUACUUCUUAGUUUUGGAGAUGCUGUGGCCAAAAGUAAACGAUCACCAGAGAAGUUGUUUGUGCUUCUUGACAUGUAUGAAGUACUACAUGAACUUCAUACAGAGAUUGAAACAGUUUUUCAAGGCAAAUCUUGUACUGAAAUGAGGGAGGCUGCUUUCAGCUUGUCCAAACGCUUGGCUCAAACAGCACAAGAAACCUUUGUGGACUUCGAAGAGGCAGUUGAAAAGGAUGCUACAAGGACAACUGUCCUUGAUGGAACUGUCCACCCACUCACCAGCUAUGUGAUUAAUUAUGUGAAGUUUCUAUUCGACUACCAGUCAACAUUAAAUCAACUCUUCCAGGAAUAUGUAACUGGAGAUAACUCGGAUUCUCAGUUGGCAGUUGUAACAAUGCGUAUUAUGCAAGCAUUACAAAGCAACCUUGAUAACAAGUCUAAGCAAUACAAAGAUCCUUCCCUCACCUACUUAUUUUUAAUGAACAAUAUACACUAUAUGGUGAGAUCUCUAAGCAGAUCAGAAGCAAAAGAUGUAUUGGGUGAUGAUUGGGUGCAAAGACACAGAAGGAUUGUGCAACAAAAUGCAAACCAAUACAAAAGGGUUGCUUGGGCAAAGAUUUUGCAAACACUUUCUGUUCAAGGAGUGUCUCCAUCAGGUAGUGGUUCUUCCUCAGGAAAUGAUGCAGCCAACAACGUUUCAAAGGCAUCAAUAAAAGAGAGGUUCAAGUCCUUUAAUUCUCAGUUUGAGGAGCUUCAUCAAAGACAGUCUCAAUGGACAGUGCCUGAUCAGGAGUUGCGUGAGUAUCUGAGACUUGCAAUUGCUGAAGUUCUAUUACCAGCUUACAGAUCUUACAUCAAACGAUUUGGGCCAAUGGUUGAGACUGGUAAGAACCCUUGCAAGUACAUUAGAUACACUCCAGAAGAUCUCGAGCGCAUGCUAAGUGAGUUCUUUGAGGGGAAGAUGUUGGGCGAGCCAAAGCGUUGAAAGAGUAGUAGCACUUGCAGAACUACAAUCUAACGGGCUUGCAGCAAAGUUUCCUCAUUGUUUCAUACUCACAGGAAAAUGAUUAAUUAUUAUUAUUUUCAUUUUUUAAUGUCAUAUAUAACAAUAAGUUGAGUAACAUUUUUUUAGGAAAAUUAUUGACGCGGAAUAAAAUAAUAAUUAUCUUGCGAGAUAUCGAGGAGAUAGAAUAAA